AUGUUCGCACUCGCCGUCGCAGCCGCCCUCGCGCCCUUUGCCGCCGCCGUGCCUCUCGCGGGCCGCCAGACCCCCUCUUCCUGCGCGGGACUCGGAGACGCCGCCUUUGGCUCCCUGAGCAACUUCAGGCUCAACGCAGUGAACACCACCCUGCCGAACAGCGACCCCGCCGGGGCGCCCCUCGAGCCCGGUGACUACCUGAGCUCGCACGAGAUCAGGCUGUCCGCUCUGGCAACCGUGGCUUCCUACCCGUACCCGACCACCAACCCUACUUUGUCGCUGGUCAACGGAGGAGUCAUCGCGAACGAUGAGUAUUCGACUGCCCUCGGCAGCCCCGCUGAGGGCGCCUUGGUUCAGUUCACCACGGACUCCCUCAGCCCGGUGACCCCCGCCGAGAUUUACUGCGGCGUGCCCGUCGAUGGUGGCGCUUCCCUGCUUGCCAUCAACGGUCGCACCGACGCCUUCUCCAUCUGCUGGCGCACGGGCGGUAACGCCUUUGCCGAAGUCAUCUACGACGCUGCAGACGGCCACACCGAUUACGACUACAGCACUUGCUACCCUGUCGAGCUGCACAUCGUCUCGGCUUGA